ACGGUGACAAAACUGAAAGUUCUUACAUACUUUAGAGUGCAUUAAAAAGCAUUUAAAAAGUGAAAAGAUAGAGAAAAAUAUUUUAAUUGCAAUUUAUUACACCGUUAGAUCAUAACAAAUACAAACCAUUAUAAAGUAUUUACAAGUAAUUAUUUAUUUAUUCGAAUCGGCAAUAAAGUGUCGCAUUGUAUUGUUGCUGUGUGUUUGCGUGGUGGAAUAAGCAACAUUUCCGCUUCAAUAGUCAAAUCGUCACACUUUCUCGUCGUUAUUACAAAAAUAUGAAUCGCAAAUUUAGUAAGGCCUCCACGGCCUUGAAAUUAGUUACUGCCUUCACUCUGCUCGGUGCAGUGGUGGCCUUCGACGAUACCUUAGAACUCGACUUUCCUGGUCCUUAUUGCAGGGCGAAGAACCUUUGCUGUAAGAACAGAGAAGAUGGUUGCGCCAUGCCCAUUUCAACCACACUCUGCUACUGCGAUGAGUUCUGUGAUCGUGAUAAAUCGGCCGACUGCUGUCCCGAUUAUCAGACACACUGCCGAGGUGCCCCACCACCAAUUCUAAGAUGUUAUCACAACGGUGUCUAUUUCAACAAAUACAACACCACAAUGGAUAACUGUAAUGAAUGCCGCUGCCUGGAUGGCGGCCGAACGGACUGUGAUCGUGAUCUCUGCCUCACCGACGACAAUUUGGUUAACAAUGUGAACUCUAUAAAUAGUCUGGGUUGGUCGGCACGUAAGUACGGUGAGUGGUGGGGACGCAAAUACUCGGAGGGUCUGACAUUACGUCUGGGUACAAAGGAGCCCACGUUCCGCGUUAAGGCCAUGACGCGUUUGUCCAAUAAGGCCAGCACACUGCCACGUCAAUUCAAUGCUGUGGAGCAUUGGGAGCGCCUUUCAAGCGAUGUACAGGAUCAAGGUUGGUGCGGCUCAUCUUGGGUACUUUCAACAACAUCGGUCGCUUCCGAUCGCUUCGCCAUUCAGUCCCAGGGUAAAGAGGUGGUGCAAUUGUCGCCGCAGAAUAUCUUGUCGUGUACACGCAAGCAGCAAGGUUGCAAUGGCGGUCACUUAGAUGCAGCCUGGCGUUUCCUUCAUAAGCAGGGCGUUUUGUUGGAAGACUGCUAUCCAUAUGCUGCUCGCCGUGACGUCUGCAAAAUACGCCACGGCGGCCGUCGUUUGUUAAGCUCAUACGGAUGUCAUCCAUCGACGCGUUCCGAACGCGACGAAUUCUACACAGUCGGUCCAGCGUAUUCGUUGAACAACGAAACCGACAUCAUGGCUGAGAUCUACCACUCUGGUCCCGUUCAAGCAACAAUGCGUAUCUACCGAGAUUUCUUCGCCUACUCGGGUGGAAUAUACAGACAUACCGCGGCCAGUCGCAGCAGUCCGACCGGUUUCCAUUCGGUAAAAUUGGUCGGUUGGGGUGAGGAGCAUGAUGGCGUCAAGUAUUGGAUUGCUGCCAAUUCCUGGGGUCCAUGGUGGGGUGAGCACGGUUACUUCCGUAUUGCACGCGGCAACAAUGAAUGCGGCAUUGAAGAAUAUGUUCUUGCCGCUUGGCCAAAUGUCUACAACUACUUCAAAACCAAUUACUGAAGCGACUGAGGUCCGCCGGGCGCGAUAAACAGCAUGCAAAGAAGAGCUUUUAUUGCAUACCCAGCAAACAUAAUCUCGUAAACUUUUCCAGUUAAAAUUUUUGCUAUUUAGUGACUAAAGAAAAAUGAAAGGAAUUCAAAGCGGAGGAGUUUUUUACACUUUUUAAGAAAUAUUUAGAAUGCAGAGAGAAAAGUAAUAUGAUUUAGUCGCUCAUCUAUGCUAAGCAAGUAAACUAUAACGGUAUUCAACACAUUUCUAGCUCUAAGUAAAUUUAGCAACUGCGCUUGUUUCGAUUCUUUGUGCCACAUAUACAUACAUAUAUGUAUAAAAAUAAUUUGCAAUCAGUUUUGUUUAUUUUAUCCCUUUGUGUUUGUAUGUACAUUUAAUUCUAACUUCGACUGCUCGCAAAUAUUUUCGCUUAAGUAGUUUUAUUAAUUUGCGUCCUCCACUCUUCAAUGUCUGUGUAGUUUUCUUUUAAAUAAUUUUAUUUUUAUAUGUAAUUUUUUUUUGUUUUUCCUUUAUUCUGCGUUAAAUAUUAAUUUAUAAUUAAACUGCCUGGCAACUCUCUGAGACCAAAAAAUUUUCAAAACGAACACUGCA